AUGCAACUUUCUGAAGAAUCUAAGGAGCGCAUUGGAAAGCUCAUUGACUAUUCCCGUGUUGCUAUCCAUUAUGGUUACCUUCCAUUGAUCCUCUACCUUGGAUACACCCGCAGUGAACCACGCCCAUCUAUCGUCAGACUCCUCUCUCCUCUCGCAUAA